AUGGCUGAAUACGAUUUAACAGCGAAAUUGGGUCGAUAUUUCGAUCGGCAUCUCGUCUUUCCAUUAUUAGAAUUUUUAACCGACAGAAAUAUCUUUGACGAGAAAGAAAUCCUCCAAGCAAAAUAUGAUCUUUUACAACAUACGACUAUGGUUGAUUUUCAAUUGGAUAUUUACAAAAAACUUCAUCCGGAUGAUGAAGAACCAAAAGAACUGAUCGACAAACGUGAAAGUAUUGUUGCACGGUUUAAUGAACUCUCCGAAGCUGUUCAGCCCUUGCUCGAUGCGGCUGUUACGGAAGAUGCAGCUCGACUUAUUGAACAUCAACGAAACAGUGAUUCGAUGUUGGCAUUAGACUUCCUACAGAAAAAGUUUAAUAUUGAACGAAGUAUCGUCGAUGAUCUUCACACUUUCGCUCGGUAUGUUUACGACUGCGGUGAUUAUUCUCGAGCUGCUGCGAAUUUAGGCCUCUAUCGUGCAUUAGUUCCACACAAUGACAAAAACAUGAUGUCGUGUCUAUGGGGUAAAUUAGCUUCGGAAAUCUUGAUGCAACGUUGGGAUGAAGCUUAUGAUGAUUUAAAUCAUUUAAAACUUGCGAUUGAAUCGAAUAAUAGCCGUUCACCAUUGGAUUUGUUACAUCAACGAACGUGGUUUAUCCAUUGGUCAUUAUUUGUUUAUUUUAACCAUCCGGAAGGCCGGGAUGACCUCGUUCAAUUAUUUUUGAAUUCAACAACAAAUCAAGCGAACACUUAUUUGAAUACUUUACAAACAACUGCACCCCAUUUAUUACGUUAUUUAUCCGCAGCAGUGAUCAUCAAUCCGCGAAAGAAAAACGAACGAACAUUGAAAGAAUUACUUAAAGUUAUUCGACAGGAAUCGUACGCAUAUCGUGAUCCCAUCACGGAAUUCCUCGAAUGUCUCUAUGUGCAUUUCGAUUUUGAUAAUGCACAAAAGAAACUACGGGAUUGUACUGCAGUGUUAAACAACGAUUUCUUCCUGAUCGGUUGUAGUGAAGAAUUUAUGGAAAACGCGCGAUUGUUAAUCUUCGAAACAUUCUGUCGCAUUCAUCAUCGGAUUACCAUCGAUUUGCUGGCUGAUAAAUUAAAUAUGAGUUCAGAGGAAGCCGAGCGUUGGAUUGUGAAUUUAAUUCGUAAUGCAAAUUUAGACGCGAAAAUUGAUUCCCAAGAAGGAUUAGUUGUCAUGGGUUCACAAAUUCUAUCGCCUUAUCAAACUAUCAUUGAGAAAACCAAGAAUUUGUUCAAUCGAACACAAAGUUUAGUUCAUAAUAGUGAACGAAGAAAAGACACAAACGCGAAUUGGCAUAAUCAUCAAAGUCAACAAUCCCAAACAAACAGUGGAAUGAAUCCAAUAUUCGAAUAG